AUGGCGGGAACCCCACGCUGGACAACACCCCCGGAGGACAACUCGUCCUCUUCUUCCUCUUCUUCGUCUUCCUCUUCUUCCUCUUCUUCGUCUUCCUCUUCUUCCUCUUCUUCCUCUUCGUCUUCUUCCUCUUCCUCGUCUUUCUUACCUUCUUCUUCUUCUUCUCAGAGCGGGUGUGUUUCUUGCGGCGUUGUCGGGCUUCCGGAUUUCGCGGAUCCAGCGCGUGCGUCGUCGGCAUCUCUGCUGCAGCAGUGGCUGGUGCGUGCAGGAGGCCAGCAGGCGAUCUCCCGCGGUCUGGAGGAGCGGCGGAGCGCCGGGGGCGGUCACAUCAACGGUCUGGACGUCGAGGAGGUGAUUUUCUAUCUGCUGGAUGCGCUUCCCGAGUCGUGCGACGAGACCGCCUCGCCGCUCCGGCUCUUCGCGGACUUGCGCUGGCCGCCGCGCACCCUCCCUGAGGCGCGCGGACGGAGCGGCGCAGAAGAAGGCUGCGCACCGCGUGACACAGGCGCCGCACAGACGCAGGCGCGCCGAGAGAGAAACGCGGACGCGUGUCCUGACAGAGACGCUGGGGAGGAGGUUCGUGGACAUCCGGAGACCGCGCCUUCACUGGCUGUCUCUGGUCCCCAGGCUCUUCCGGCUGUUCCGCUGCGCGCGUCGCGACUCGGGUUCGAGAACCAAGACGCCGUGACAGACACCUUGUACUUGUUUGCGCAGAAACACCUGGCCCUCUUGCUCCUCUCCAUUCGCUCUUUCCUCGAGGUCCGCGUGACGCUCCACGAGCACCAACUCGCGCUGUUCUGUGUGCUCCUGCGCGCGCUGGGCCUCUGGAUUCUCCAGGAGACAGGACGCGCAGCGUCGGGGACCCCGCGAGAGAGAGAAGCCUCGGGCGACAGAGACAGUUCACCGGCGGCAGAGGAGGGGACGCGCGCGAGAGAAACGGACGCGCAGAGAUCGGACGCUCCCGCAGGGGACGAGGGACGAGGGACACAGUGUGCGAAAAGAGAGGAAGAAACCGUUGCCCUAUGGGAGAGCGAAUUGAUCAGCUUCUCUCUGCGCGAAUAUCCUCUGCUGAAACCUCUCGAUGGCAGGAAACUCUGUCUGGGAGUCGCCAUGAAUAUGAUUGGCGCUAUUCACCCGAAGACAGUUCUUCACGAACUCGCCAAGGAACUCAACAAAUCGCGCAAACAUGCGGCGCUUCCUCAGGUCUCUGAGCUCCUGCAUCUCUACUGUGAACUUCUUCCUCUCUUCCCCUCCCGCCUUUCUCUCUCCGACCCGAGUCGUCGAAUCCUUCUGUCUCUCCCCUCUCUCAUCUGCUCAUCCUACUCGCUCUCUCAACAACUGCCUUCUUCCCCUUUCGCUUCUUCCCCUUCCGCUUCUUCCUCGUCUUCUUCGACUUCCGCUUCUUCGCCGCCUCUGGCUCUCGCGCCCGUUGAAGCCGGCUCUGCGUCUCCGCGGAGUCUCUCGCCUGCGGCUGCGCUGCCCGGUCCAGCGCCCCUGGCGGCGCGUUCCAACCUGCGGCUAGCUGCAUGCAGUGCACUCGCCACAGCUGGUGCUCGCCUGGCGUUGCCCAGCGAGCAGGGCCUGCUGGCCGCCGCGCUUGUCGGGGUCGCGGGCCAAACGCAGGCUGCGCUCCAGGCGCUCGCGACCGCGGAAAAACCUUUCGGCACCUGCAUGCGCUGUGCAUGCAAGUCCCUCCGGAAGCAUCCGGGAGCGCCGGGAUGUUCAGACAGCUCGGCGUUCCCUGACGCGCGCGAGCAGCGCGCAGCCGGCUUUGCGGCCGGCAGGAGACUUGGAGCCGGAAGAAAAACUGGAGAGAGCCGCGCGGGCAGGCGCGGCGUCCAGACACCCGGCGCGAGGCAGCCGCUGUGUCUCGUUCUUCGACAUUUGCCUCCCGGAUGCGCGUCUGCUGGCAAGGGGGAGGAAGAAAGCGCAGAUUCAUCUGGAGACUUGUUUCCGGGAAAGGGGCGAGGAGCCGAGACGAAGGAGGACGGUGGAAAGGGCGGCGCGGGCGAACAAGACCCUCCUCAAGCGCCUCGCAGCCUUUGCGAGAGCCAGACGACGCAACUCCGCGCAGCAGCCGAGCUCUGGACACACAUCCAGGAAACGAUUAUUCCUCUGCUUCUUCUCGCGAGCGAUGAGGCCGACGGCGAGACAGAAAGAGAGGAGAAAAAGGAGACCGAAGACGCAAACUUCUUCGCCUGCUUCCACUACGCUCUCUCCGCUUCUCUCCAUCUCCUUCACGUCAUCUCCCACGAACACUUCUUCUCUGCACUGUCUUCUUCUUCUUCUUCUUCUUCUUCUUCUUCUGCGUUGAGUGCUCAGCUCGGGGGUGAGGACAGCCGCGCCUCGCUCGCGGAGUUCGUGGCGCACGUGCAGAUGCUGCUACAGCUGCUGAUGUUACACCUCCUGUGCGUCGUGCGGGGUCGAUCGGCAGCGCAGGCGGUCCGGAGGCAAGCGCGCCUCCUGCGCAAACGUGGAGGGGCGAGGAAAAACAAGAAGACGGGAAAGGACGGGGACAAGCAGCGACGCCGAGAGGCGCCUGCGGCCGCGGAGACGCGCGCGGGAAACGAGCAGACUCUCGACGCGAAGGGAGACAGAGAGACCGCGAAGACGGCAGAGAAGACGCAGGAAAGGAACAGUUUCUCUGCCGCUUUCCUGGAAGGAAACACUUUUUCCGAGUACGUCAAGUUCAGCACUCUCGUCCAGAUGGCGCUCGACGAAGAAGUUGGGGUGUACCUACAGUGCCUCGAAAGCGGGAGCAGCGCGUCGGCAGAGGAGAAAACGCAUUCGAGGCUCGGGGGGCCCGCAGGUCUGCCGGACCCUCGGGACGUCCAGUGUCUCUUGCUCCUCCUGCUGAGGUGCGCCGCUCUCGACUCGACCCUAGGCGCCGCCAGUCCGGCGAGGACAGAAAGGGAAGGACGAGGAGACGGAGACGCUCGCGGCGAGAAGGCGCGUCAGGAGCACACCGACGAGACGACCGAGACAGAACGCUCGCGUUCUGGUGAACCGCCUGAGACGGGAGAGACAUUUCGCGAGACGAUGGACGAUCAUCCGUUUGCGCGGCUGUUGCAGCACGAGAUAUCUCCCAUCCUCGUCACCUUGACCGCCGCGCUGUCUGCCUUCCACCGCUCCACGGUGUCCGCCUCUGCGGCUUCUUCGCAUGCAACCGAUCCUCCUCCUUCCUCGUCCUCGCCGUUUUCACCGUCUUCUGCGUUUCCACCGCCGCGCUCGCCAGCCGUCUCGUCCGUUGCCCCGCUCUCGCCUUCCUCUCCUGUAUGCGAUGCUUCUCGAGCGCCGACUCUUUUCUCGGCGUCUCCCUUCGCGUGGUCUCGCGAACCGCUUCUGCGCGCACGGUUUCUCAACCCGCUGGCCUUGGGGCCUCCGGGCGACGCAGGCGCCGCUCUCGCUGCUCUCAGCGCGAAUUCUGCGCUCUGGGCCUUGGUGACGCACCCUGUUCAGUGCCAGACUCGCCCCUGCUCGGAGGCAACGGGAGAGUCCGCCGCCGAGUCUGUCCAACCUUCCCGCACUCGCGCGCCUCGCGCUGACAGCCACGCACAUGCCUCCGUUCCCUCGCCUUUUUCUCUCUCGCCCUCUCUCUCUGAAGCGUCCCUCGCGGAAAUGGCUCGGGAAACUCGAGACGAAGAGACGAGAGAAGAGACCGCCAAGAGAGAACAAGACGGCGAAGAAGUAGGAGAAGAAGUGCGCGAAGAAGUGCGCGAAGAAGGGGGAGAGGAGACAAAUGAAGAUACAGCGGCCUGCCGAGGAGCUCUAGAGAGAGGCGAAAUUGCGAUUUCUGUUCUCAGGGCGAUCGGAUUCCUCGCGAGGUUCCAACCAACCUCGGCGCCGCUCUUUGCUGCUCUCCUCGAUCUGCUGAGGAGAGGUGCACAGCGGAGAGGCCGUGGCAGGGAAGGAAACGACGAAGCGCCUCGCGAAGAAGAAAACGCCGCGCGGGAGGCGCUCCUUGUCAUGGUCACACAAUUUGUCGCGGUUCUGCCUGUUCGCCCUUCCCUCGCUUCUGUUCGAGUCCGACAACUGAGACUUUCUGCGAACGACUCCUCGCCGCCUUUGCUCGUCCACUCCAGCAGUCAAGAGCGAAGGUCUGCCUCGUCUUCUCCGUCUCGUUCUUCUCUUUCUUCUCUUUCUUCUCUGCCUGCCUCGUCUCUCGGGGCUUGCCAGGGCGUGCCGUCCGAGGGGUUUCACAGGUCUCUGCAUGCGCCGGCGGACGGCGCACCGACCGUGUCGUCGCAGCCCGUCUGGCUCGGCUUCGCCUCCCGCCUGGCUCCGGUGUAUCUCCAGCCGCAGCAGGGCGUGCUGGCUGAGGGUUUGAUGCUCGUUCGGCAGCUGUUCUGCGUCGUCGCCGUGUACACGUUGCGGGGCGACGCGGUUCGCCAGCCUUCGCUCGCGACGGCGCUCCUCGAGUUGCUGCGGGGCCUUGCGCGAAACGGCUACUUCAGCCACGUCCCGCUCCUCGACGUCUUCCUUUCUCCCUCGAUCCGCAAACCCGUGUCGCCACACACGCUGGGUGCAUCCGCCUUCUCCCUUCUUCUUACCUUUGGAGACAUCGGAGAACAACGCAGCGAACGGACGCCGCUCCCGAGCUGCAAGCCUCUCGAUUCCUCCCCUCGCGGCCAGAGAUCUUCUCUUCCGAGACAGGAAGCGACGCGCUCAGGGGUGUCGACCCUGUCCCGGCGCAAACUGGAGGCACUCGACCUCGCGUUCGUCAGGAGCGUCAGCCUGAUGCGGCCUCCGUGGGAAGCGCUCUUGACGGUUGACGAGGACGGCGCUGCGUCGCCUCCGCCCUGGGACCAGAAUGACGUGGACGACUCGGCCGAAGAUGCGGAAGAUGCAGAAGAGGCGCUCGCUGGAGGCGGGCGGGGGGACCUCGGCGGUCGAGACGACCUUUCGCCCCACGCCAUUCUCUUCCAUGGACACGAAGGACGGCCUCCGGAGGACGCAGAUCGGUCGAGAAACGCGGGAGGAGAGGACGCCUCGUUCGCGUCUCUCUUCUCUCUCGGGAUCCCUUCCUCUUUCGCCGGGCGUGGUCCAGAGGCAAGCGCACGCGAGGAACAAACCACGCGGGUCACGGGAGACUCGCGCCUCCCGACGAUCGCCCUCACGCGUCCCCCUGGAGAGCCUGCAGCGGGGCCGGACACGCGCGACAGGGCCUUGCCGGCGGAGAGGCAGAGCGCAGCCGUCUCUGUCUCGGGAUCCUCGCGACUUGUCUCAGCUGCAGGCCAACGCGGACUCGCCGCGUCUUCCCUCGCGGCGCCGCCACGCGACGGCCGCGCUGCGCAAGAAACUGAGCCCUCUUCCGUGGCGCUGACGCGACUCGCGUGGUGCGGAACUCCGCCUGUCGAAGUGGCGUGUCUCCUCCUCUUCGCCUUGCGACUUCUCGCGCUCUUCCCCGCCACAGAAGCGUCGGAGGCGACGGGAAGGGAAGCGGCCGAGGACGGAGGCAGGGAUCGACUCGGCGCGCAGAGAGAAGAAAACAACCUGCGAGAGACUGCCGCGCGGCUCCUCCACCGCACGCUCUGUCGCACCGUUCCAGGUACACCCGAGGCGCGAGCCACACGCACACCCAGGGGGACGGGAACGAAGGCGAAAAGAGACAGCAGAGACAUGGAGGCAGGAAAGAAGAGGAAGAAACCACUCGAAAUACCGUCCGGCGCUUUCCUCCGCGUGGUCCUGAUCGUUGCCUCUUUGAUCGGUGCCGUGUACGCAUCCUUUCUUCAUGAGCUUUUUUGCACGGCUCCUGCUCGCUCUCUUGCGCCUUCUGGCCUCGUCUGGGAAGCGGCUCCUUCGGCUCUAUCUCGCAGUGUCUUCUUUCUCUUCUGCCUCCUCCCCUUGUUCGUCCCCCUCUUCGUCGCUGUGCCUCAUCCCUGUCUCUGCACUGUUCAACUCCGUUGUCUGUCAGGGCUCCUCUUCCCUCUGCUGCUUGACGCUCUCCAGCAGCCGCGCCUCGACCGCGCCCUGCCCGUCGUCUUUCGGUGUCUUGCCACGAUGGCGAGCUCCCGUGCAGGCGCCGAAGCGCGGAACACACACCGACGCACAGACCGUUCACGCGAGUCCACACCACCUUACCUCCUCCCCAUGCCAUUUCCAGAGGAAACAGAUUCGCCUACGCUCCCCCAGACCCUGUCUUCUUCCGCGUCUUCCUCUUCUUUCGCGUCUCCCUCUUCUUCGCCUUCUGUGGCCUGGCUGGGGCUCUUGACAGAUCCCAUCUUUGUGAGGAGACAAGCGGACACGUUGUCUUGGCUUUUCUUCUACGCAGGAUCAAAUCCGGUGAGGCAAACGGAAAUUUCAAUCGGAGCGCUUGAGGCUUUAAAGAGCCUCCGCCCCUUUUUUUUCUGCCCUCCAAGUCCUUCUGCCUUCCCCUCGUCCUCGCUCUCUUCCUCACUCUCUUCCUCUUCUUCGGGGAUGCAGGGUGUCUCGAGUUCUGAGUUGUCUGUGAAGGAUGACGCGUUUCGCGCGAGGGAAGAAGGCUCUGUCUCCGCCACUGAGGGGCUGGGAGCGCAGGCAAAUUCCCACCUGGAUCGGUUGCUGGCCGCGCUCGCCGCCGCCCGAGAAGCGCAACCGUCUCUUGCGGUGGCUGUACACCCGCGCUCGAGUCUCCCGCCCGCGCUGAAGUGCCUCCUUUCGUGUUUGCCGUGGACAGCAGAACUGGCGAGUCAACUCCUGCUGCAGAUCCGCGCGCGCAGAUCGGCUCUCGAGGCGUUCCUCGGCUCCGUCGGUGAGGCGCGCGCGACGGCGUCGUCUCUGCAGGAUUUCUUUCUUGUCCACUGUCUCCGAUCGCUGCUCGCCGUCGCGUCCACGCUGCGGCUUCUCGCUUCCCAGUUCCGCGAACGCGACUCCUUCCCCUUCGCGAAACAGGUUCCGGGAAUCUCGGUCGGGUCGCGGAGCAAGAGUCGCGAGGACGCCCGCGAGGCGGCGCACGCAGCCUCGUCCCACUCCUUCCUCGCCCUCCUUCCGCGCGCUCUCCCUCGAUACGACGUUCUCCUCCUGCAUCUCGUCGCCGUCUCUGCGCGCGAAGCUUCUGCGCCGUUUCGCCGAGCCUUUCUGCGCGCUCUCUUGGGGAUUGCCGUCGACGACCCGACCGCCUUCGCAGGCCUCGCCUCGCCCGUCGCCUCUCGCCGCACCACGGAGGGGAGAGGCGCGAGGGGCGGGCGGCGCGGAACCGCGACAGGCGCGGGACGCGAGGGAGCAGGCGGACACUCGAGGCGAGAGAGCGACACCAACGCGGCGUCCCAGGCCGCCUCGCCUCCGACUUUCGGCGAGAAGCCGCCGUGGGUUCGCGUCCUUGACGAGAGACGCAGCCGCGAGGACGAGGGGAGACUUCGGUUGGCCCAAGGCCGGUACGUGGGCGCAACUCGCCUAGGAGACGUGACGCGCGACGCUCUGGCCGAUGGACUGGUCUUCGCCACGCGUGCACUUCCAGCACUCGCGCACGCGCUCCACCACAUCCCGCUCGCAAAACCGUCGCCUCCCCAGUUCGCGUCUUCUCGCCCCGUCGCCGUGCCUUCCCCGGCCGAGGACCGCUCUCUCGCGGAGGUUCUCGCAGCCGCCGUCGCGGCCGAGGCGCUCGCCGCAGCGCAGCACAACAAUGCGGCGGGGAAGCGCCGCUGGCGGGGCUUUCUGCGCGCAGCUGAGGCCGCCGCGACCGACGACCGCCGCGCGCUCCUGACGGAAGACACGGCUAGCUGCACGGUGAGUUGGCUAGCCACGGGCCCCGGCUCCGCGUGGCUCCAGAGCGAGCUCGCGCUGCCUGCGGCGAGUCUGCUGGCUGCACUCGUUGUCGACGCCGGCGCGAAGGACGCGCGGCAAAAGGCGACGCCCCGCGACGGGACGCGCACCGCGUCGCCUCCCACGGAGGCCGAGACGGGGCGGGGCCCGCGCGGAAGAACUUUAGGCGCGCUUUCAGGCGGCGACGAGGCGGUCGGUGUGGCGAGUUUUGGCGACGAGGAGUCGCGAGAAGACGCGGCGUGCCCACAGUUCCCAGUGUCGGAAGGCACAGCUUCCCACCUGGUCGUCGCGCGGACGCUUGCGAUUGUGGCGAGCAGCGACGCAACGUUUCAAGACGUCGCGCGUUUCCUCGCUCACGUCGAGGCCGUCAGUCGUCCCAAGGCGCGGUUGAUGAGUUCGUUUGCGUUCUUCGGGAAGUCCGAGGCGCAGAUGAAGGAGGAGAAACUGCGGAGCCUGUUGGUUUUUUGCCGGGGAGUGUGCGCGGCGAACGCGCCGGCGUCGUGCUUCUCGCUCGCGCGUCUUUUCGUCGUGGCUCAGGAAGGCGACUGGCUGCUGCGCGAGCGGCUCGCGCGGGGCCCGGACCUGUCGCCUUCCGAGCCCGCGAAGGAGGCGGAGCGCCAGGAGGGCGGCCUCGCCUCAGCCUGGCAAGGCUUCGCGUCUCUCUGGGCGACCACACCCAAUCCGUCGCGGCCGCAAGCGGAAGGCGGCGACUUGGAGAACGACCCAGGCGGGAGCGCGGUGGCCGAAAGGAUUCUUCCCUCGUUCUCGUUGGAGCUAGAUGCAGAUGCAGACGCGGGCGACGCUGCGAGGCGCCGCGAGACGGUGUCUCCUGGGGAGACAGGAGCGGCGGAAGGCCAGUCAGCGGGACAGACGGGAAAGGCGUCGAAGGCCGGAGCCGGCGGCGACAGUCCGUCGCGAGGCGCGGGAGCGGCGGGAAAGACGUUCGCGACUUUCCGGAAGGACGGGGAAGCGAGGAGUGCGUUGAAGAGAGACGACGCGCUGAACGUUUUCAAGCAGGCGGCGCGCGCCUGUCGGUCGACGGCGCUGCGCUGGAAGACCGGGGAAGGCGACGUUGACCACAUCGCCAUGGUGCAGCAGCUCACGGCGGAGAUCGACGCCGUUCUGGGCGCCGUGGAGGCCGCGGAGACGUUCGCGCCGGCGCCGCUCGACCCGCGAGGCGAGUCGCGCAGCGUGAGCGACUCUGAGCGGAAAAAGCAGAGAGAAGGCGAGGCCGAAGGCCGCGAAGCCCGCGAGGCCGGGACGUCGAUUGCUGGCGACAGUUCGGCGAGCGGGGAAGACCUUGACGGGCGCGGGGCUCCUGUUCCCUCCGAGACAGAGCGGUCGGCCGCGCGCCGCGCGACGCUCCUCUCGUUUGUUCGCCUCCUUCUGCCGCUGCAUGCGCUCGCGGGGAACGACGACAACGACGGGAUGCUCGCCUUGGUGGCCCUUCGCGCUGCAGUCGGUGCACACGGUCUCAGAGACGUCCUCGAGGGGAUUUCUUCUUCUGGGGAGCUCCGGAACCGCAGAGAAGACGAUGCGCUGAGGCCGUUGGACCCGACACUUUGCACAUUUGCGCCUGUGACGCACUCUGGAGGAGACGCGCUCGCCUGGAGCGCGUUUCUGUUGCCGCCGACCUUCGCGAUGGCUCAAGACGCGCUUGCGACUGUGGCUGAGCGUGACGCGGAAGAGCGCGCGAGGCGACAUCAAGACGCCGGACCUCGACAGCGAGAAGACAGGAGAGGGCGAGAGAACCCGACCCGAAGGCGAGCCGAGGAACAGCCUGGCCAGCGCGACGCUCAGAGCGAGGGGGGAGGUGAAGUGUCGACUGGCGACGACUCAGCGACACAAACGGACGAGAAGGCGCAGCAGAGCGGCGACUCGACACGCGGCCGAGGCGACGGCCGUCGCGCGGUGUCGCCGGAUUCCCCUCCCGCAGGCCUCUCGCGUUUCGGGGCGGAGGCACUGCUGAAGGUGCCGUUGGUUGACGUCUUCACGCGGUUCGCCGAGCUCGCGCUGUUUGCGCUUCUGCCGCUCGUCGCGGACCCGACUGGGCCGUCUCGACAGCUCCGCUGGCUCGGGCGCGAGGUCUGCGCCGCGCAGACAGUCUGGCUGCAACAGCCGAACACGAAUCCGGCGGCAUGCGAUCCCCUCCUUCCUCUGGUGACGCUUCUUCGUCAGCGAGGCCACGUCGUUGUUCGUUGCCCGAGUGGCGCUUCAGGAAAGCCUUGGCGCUCUGGUCUCCUUCCUGCGCUUCGAUGCAUGGCUGCACUCCUCACUCGAAACCUCCCUUCUUCUCUCUUUUCUCUUUGUCACGCUUUGGUGGAUGUGGGAGAAAGGGAAGAAGGAAAGGGGCCGGGGGUGUACGACGGUGCGGGUCGAGAGAGUCAACUCCUCUUCCCCGUCGACGGCGCGGUCGCUUCGAUUGUGCUCCUCCACAUCCUCUGUCUGUUGAAGGCCUUGAUUCCGUCCUCGGUGUCGGCGUCUCUGCGCCAUUUGUGGGUCUCUCCUCCCCGCGCCUUCUGCGUGUUUCCAAUUCCGUCCACAUCUCGCUUUUUCGCGGCGCCUUCCCCACACCCUCACCAGCGGAGCGGCACGCCAGUCGGCGCCUCCGCUGCCCCUCUCCGUCCGCUGCAUGCGACAAGCUCUCGUGGCCCAGACGCGUCUUCGCGUUUUCAGGAUCCAUUUGUUCCGCUCCCGCGUCUUCCUCUUGAGGCGGUCGACGAAGAAUUUCACGCAGCUUUCGCACAAGAACGCACUCACGCGCUUCCCUCGCCCCGCACUUUGCCCCUCCUGCCAGUCGACAACCCCCAGCCGUUCCCCGCCCAUCCCCUCGUGGAUGCCAUGCAACGCAGUCCAGGAGCCGGCAGCCGCUCCGCUGCAUGCGGACGCGGUGUACAUACACCCCAGUGCGGCUUCGGCGCGGUCGAGGGAGGCGCGGCCCCGUCUUCCUCGCACGCUUCAAGUGCGGAUGCAGGUCGUGUGUCGUUCCAGCGACUCUUUGAGGAGAGCGAAGCAGGUUCCGCGAUCGACCGUGCAGCCCAUCAAGUGGUCUUGGCGCUUCAUUCGCAGCGAAUGGCGUGGCCAGCGACUGCCGUCCUCUUUAAGGGAAUCCACUUUCGCCUCGCCGCGUCUCCAAAUCCGUUUCUGCGGUGGAAGACCUUGAGGCUCCUCUCUCUUCUCGCGGCGCGGGCCCCGCCGCUCGCGCUGCCGCCGGCGCUCGCAUCCACUCUCUUCGCUGUCGCGCAGCGCGUGACGCGGGAUUGCGGCUCUCCCGUCUAUGACGCUCUGACUCGCCUCGACUCCGCGACGCCUCCGCGGGCCCGCGGCCAUGCUGCUGACUCACCCGCUUCUGCUGUCCAUUUCUCGGCGGCGUGGGUGCACUGUCUCCUGCUGGUUCUGCCGCACUUGGGUGACCCCAUCGAAGAGAACCGGGAAAUGGCGUGCGCGGCGCUCCGAGAGUUGCUCCUGAGGUGUACAGACACCGCGCGACUGCUGCGCGUCCUAGAGCGCGAGUCGGCCGACGACAUCCGCGAGCAGACGCCGCACGGCAGCGACGCGCCGCCGCAGGUCUGGAGUGAGCAAAGUGGAGAGGCGUCGGCGCGUGGGAACGAGGGCGGCAACGCGCGACAGACACGGUCUACCUUCUCGGCCUUCGCGCUGCUGCCUUCACAGCUGGGCGAGGCCGGCGCGGGCCUUGCCUUCGACGCCGCGUGGCCCACCGCGCGUUUCCGAGAGACUCCAGGCGAGAUGCAAGGCCUCUCAGACGACAGCCGUGCAUCUGCGUGCGAAGAUCUCCUGCACUGUCUCGUCGCUGCAGUGGCGCAUGCAGACAAGGCGCUUUCUGGUCAGCUUCUCUCCUUUUUUCUCCUGCCGCUAGCAGAAGACGACGUCGGGACCGCAGCCCUCGUCGCCCUGCGCUACUGCGUCUUCUUCCUCGCCCAGAAACGACGCUCGCUCCUCGCCGGAGAUCCUUCUUCCAGCUUCACCCCGAAACAGGCCGCCGGCGCAGGGGCGACUCGCGCCGCGGACCAGGGAGACGAAAAGACACCGAGAGGAGACAAAGAGACUACUCCCGCGCGCGGACGGUCGCCAGGAGAAGUGGGCGCGUCGGAAGCCCGUGCAGAAAGCGUGCGGCAGUCCGAGAGCGCUCGCCUUGUCGCGGACGGUUCUGGGGCCUCGGGAGAGCCUCUGUCAGACAAAGCGUGCGAGAAGAGCGAAGAGAGGAAGGGAGGCGACGGGGCUGAUGCUUCGUGUUUCUUCUCGCCUCUACCACUCUCUGAAGUGCCUGCUCCAGAGCCAGAGACCGCGCAAGAGCGCCAAGCGCGCCUGUUCACUGCGGCCGUGAUCGACCUCCUCAAUCGCCGACGAAAGGCGCUGUGUGCGGACCUCGAGAGACACCUUCGAGAACUGUGGGAGAAGGAAUCGCCUGCCGCCUCCCCUCACGCACGAGUCGUGCCGGGAUCGCAUGCGGCCGAGCGCUUCGGGUCUCCGAGCCCCGACCGAAACUCGGCACAGACGCGAGGCAGCGAAUCACCAGAUGCAGGCGUGUCUCUCGGACGCAUUUCCCAUCUCCCCUCACGUCCAUUUCCUCUCGCUUCUUCUCUCACUUCUUCUCUCGCUUCUUCUCUCACUUCGUCUCAGCGCCCGUCCCACGUGGAUGGGGAUUGGGGUGUCUCUUGGGGCACGGAGAUCUGGGGUUUCGCGACUUUCUCUGCAAAGGGCGACGCGGCCGAGCUGGAAGAGCGCGCGGCGCUCGUGACCGAGCCGCUGGUCCAGCACGAGGCGCUUCGCUGUGUGAGGGAAGUAGCCGUCACUUCCCUCUUCUCCGUCCUCGCAGUCUUGAUCGAAAACGCGAGGGUUCCGCUCGCACGGAGCGGCGCGCCUGCCUUCCAGGGGUUCCGUGCCGUCGAGCCCCGCGCAGAAGACGCCCUCGGACGGCAAGGGAAGCGCGAAAAACUCGACGCGACUCUCAGAGCGCCUGGCGCCUCGUCCCACCCGGCCUUAAAUCCCCCGUCUGCAGCGCUCACGACGCGCCCCGGCCCUUGUUGCUUCGCAUCGCUUCCCCGUGAUUUGCCUCUUCCCAGCGCUUCGAACGUCUCUUCUCAAGGUGAGAAAUGCGGGAAAGGCGCGGCGCAGGAGUCGCGCACCCCUGCGCCUGCGUGGCGCAUUCGAGGCUGCGUCCACAGCCUCUUGAUGAGCGUCAUGGCCGAAGACAGAGAUCUCGUCAAAAAACUCCUGCGGGCCUUCACGGACAUCAUCAACAACGCGCCGUGCACAGUUCCUGUCGCGCGAGCCGUUCUUUCCUCGCAGCGAGAACACCUCUCACGUUUCGCCCGUCCGGAUUCUUUCGCCUCCACGCGCAGUGGCGAGGAGCGGGACACCCAGCGGCGGAAGCGCGCCGACAGAGACGCCGACCUCGCCGCGGGAGAGACAGUCGAAGAUGUCCUCAAUCCGUCUGUGCACCAGGCGACCCUUCUCCUGCUUCUGCUCGUCUCCGUGCGCGCGAGAGAGAGCGAGCGAGGCGCGCAUGCAGCACUUCUGGACGCCCAGCGAAGCGUCGCGGGGGCGUCUCGGCGCGGGGACGGACACGACGCGCGUUUCUCCACCCUCGCGGUCUCCGCCUCGGCUUCGCUUUCCGUCGCGUUUGCGUGCGGCAGCCCGAGUGGAGCAGUGGCGAUGUCCCGGGCGGUUUCCCGCCAUUUCCCGCACUUGUUUGCGACCGCGCUCCUUCGCCUCGGCGCCUGCUUCGAGCCUUCCUCGUCGCCCGUCUCCGCUGAAGCACCUGCGCAAACCGUCUUCGUCCCUGCAUGCGCCGCCCACCAGACAGGCAGAACCCCCGCGGGAAGCGCCGAGUUUUUCUUCGCGGCCCGCGCCGGCAGCUCUGCCGAGUCAGAGACCGCGGGGGUCGCCUCGACGGAGUUUGCGAUUCCGGCGGUUCCGGACUCGCGAGAACAGCUGCCGGAGAGCCAGGCGCAACGCAGUCGGGAGACGAGCGCGACUGAGGAAGCGAGAGAGAAGGAGAUGCGCGAGGGCCUCGCGGAGACGCAGAGCAGGGAGCGCGACAGCGGCUUGGCGAGACAAGACAAGGUGGAAGACGACGAAGAGGCGCGCGACGACGCACAAGAUCGGGUGUUUCCCGUGACAGUGAUCUCUCGGCAAGAAGCCGUCGAAGCGGUGGUGGCCCUCAUCCACGCCAUCGUCCUCACGGCCCAGGAGACAGAACUUCUCGCCCUGUUGGAAAAAGGGAACAUUUUGGAAAACAUGAAGCAAGAAAACGCCUUCCUCGACGCCAUCAAAGACGCCAUGACGUUCUUUCUGUGUUUGCGGCCUGGGGCUGCAAGCUCGGUUCUCUCCUUUGUUCUUCCGUUCUUUGAGCGAUCGGCGAAGAUGCAAGUGUUGGUGGCGAGCGCGUUGGCCGCCGCCGUCGCGUCUUCGCUUCUUCUCGCCUCGCGUUUCCCGUCGCUCGCGCUCUCUUCGAACCCGCCUGGUUCCGGCGCGGGACGCGGCCGCGCGUUCUCCAGAGACUCCGCGAACGCCCGCGACGCAGUCGCCUUCCUCUUCAGCGUCGUGCAGGCGACCAAGGCAGGCUCUUUGAGCCUCGUCUCUGCCUCAGCAUCGGACCUUCCGUUUGCGUCUCCGCAAUCUCUUCACGGGCUGGGUCGUCUGGACGCCUCCUCGGUUUGUGCGUCGCGAGUUCUCCUCGGCCAACUGACGGAGGCUCUUUUGCAUGCAUUCGACCGGUUCGCCUACUUGCCGGGGGUUGUCGAGGAGACGCUGAAGCGCGGCGCGGAGGAGAGCGACGAGGUUCCCGCGAACGCAGCGUCUCCCUCGCGGUCUUGGUUUUUCUUUGGGCGACCGUCAACUGCGGAGGAAGAAAGCGAAGAGAGGCGGCGCGAAAAGUCUCGGGCGAAGACUCUCGCGCUGCAGAAGAAACUGCUGCAUCGGAUUUCGUGCUGGCGAACCUUCGACCCCUUCGCAGUCGACGGCGUCGAAGAGAAGACCGACGAGGAAGCCGCAGACAGUAGCGUCUUUACAGCGCUCUCUGUGCUCUUCGGUGCGCUAGCCUCUCUCACCGUGCUCUGGGCGGAGGUGCUGGGCGAAGCGCGAACGCGUGGACAGGCCGGUCCAGAAAAGACAAACGAGAACGAGACGCCUGCAAGUCUGUUUGGAAGUGAAGACCUUGCAGCCGAUGUCGUCACAACCUUCAAAACGGGGCUGUGCCUCGCCCCCUUCCUGUCGCUGACCGUCCUCGACCUUUCGUGGGAACGCACUGCUGCCACGGGAGCGGCGGAGAUGGCUGCGGAGGCAUGUCAGGCCUGCGUCUAUGCAUGCGCGGCUGCAUGCAGCGUCCCUCCGGAUGCCUGGCCUUCGCUGCGGGCCCCCGCAGAGCUUCUCGCGGUUCUCGAAGACGCGCUGCUUCGACCGCACCUGCUGACGCCUCUUCUUCUCCAAACCACUAACACUCGCCUCAGAUGCGCGGUCUUCCAUCUUCUCUCAAAUCUCCUCCUCUACCGGCACCAACUCCGUGUCGUCCGUGCACCGCCUUCCUCUUCGUCUUCUUCGCUUUUGCCGCCGUCCGGGGAUCCCGCGCCUUCCACGUCCUCUUCAGCCGCGAGCGCCUCUACAGCCACGUCCCAGGCCUCUCGCGCGCAGCCUAGCGAAACCGAUUCGAAAACCGACUGCGAAACCGAUUCGAAAACCGACUGCGAAACCGAUUCGAAAACCGACUGCGAAACCGAUUCACAAACCGAUUUGGGGGUUGACGUCGCGCAUCUGGAUGAACUUUUGGUGUGUGCGACAGUGCAUCUGGUGUCGGAAGACGAGCGACUUGUCCUCGCAGCUGCGGCGCUUCUCGACCGCGCCUUGCCGCCGUUUCUUCUCUCCGGCGCGGCGGAGACUCCCGCCUCUUCUGUCUCCUCGCGUCGUGGGCCUUCGCCCCUCGACUCCGCUGGCGAGCCCGAUGCUGACGCCGUCCCUCGCGCGAGAGCGCUGCUGAGGGACUGCCUGGCCAUGCUGGGAGUCGACGGCUCUCCAGGCGCUGCCUGGUCUGUCGCAGCGGUCGAAAGCACGAACUUUCGUCCUCGCGAAAAGCGCCCUCGUCCGCCGCUUCUCCGCGCGCAUGCAGUUCAACAGUUUGUCCUCGGCCUCCUUCCUCUCCUCCUCCGCACUGCAUCUUCCGGCAGCCCUGCGCAGUCGCCGCGUUCCUCUUCUUCGUCGGCUGCGCGAGGUCGGGAGUCCCGUCGCGGGAGUGUCGACAGAGAGGGCGUCUCUGGGAGGCUUCCGAGGAAGGAAGAAGAGCUCGAGUUUCGGCGUUUCGGGACGAGCGUGGAGAUGGGCGUUCAGGCGGCCUUGCCGGUCUUUGGCAAGAAGCGCCGCGCCGAGGGCGGCGCUGUGUCCGGCUCUGCGUCCGGGAUCGCCGCGUUUCAACUGCAUGCAGCCCCGCACUGGUUGGCGCGCCUCUUCUCCCUGUUGCUCUGGGCGCGGGUCUACUUCCCGCCGGAGACGUGGGAGCUGAGCGUGGAGCCGGAGGCGCACUUGGUCGAGGCUCAGAAGCGACAGACGGAGAAGCGCGUGAAGCGGCGGCUCGAGAAAGUGCUGUAUGGACACCCGGACGCGGCGCUCGCUGCGUCGAAGGCGGCUGCGCAACUGAGUGCCGCGAAGAAGCGCGGCGAGUACUUCUUCGAGGCGCAGAAGCUCCCCGCGGGGCUCGCCUCGGUCUUUGGCGGUGGGCCAGAAGACACGGCGCAAGGUCUCGAGGAGUCCGCAGAAAAACUCUUCAGAAACUUCACGGCCUACUUUCGCCUAGGCGGCGAACCCCUCGGCGACGACGCGGAGACAGGCGCCGGGGGCGGAGCGCCGCACGGAGACGCGCAGACGCGCGACAAGGAGAGGCGAAGCGGCGACGCAGACGGAGAGGGAGAAGCGGCAGAGGAAGCAAACGAAGACGUGGAAGAGCUCAGCUCCGACGAGGACAGCGAAAGGGAAGACGGCGAGGACUUGGCUGUCCGCGCGGAACUGCGCCGGUGGCGAUACAUGGAGACGUUUCUUCUCGAGGACGGUUUGCCUGCCUCGCGGCUUCUCGGGGUGCGCGCUGCGAAUCCAGCCGACUUUUGCCUCGGCGAUGAACCAGCUGUUUUUUUCUACAGCUCGCCUGCCGUCGCGCGCCCGACCGAGCGCGCCGGCGAAGGAGACGCUUUCGGAGGCCGCCGGAAUGGUUUGCAGGAGCGAGCGCGUUCUGCGCGGAGAGAAAACCUGCGCACGCGGAGGAAUGCCAAAGGGGGAAAGGACGAGGCGGGGCGAGCGCUGGCGGACGGAGCGAGCUCGAAACCCCGCAACGAACCCGCGACGGCUGUCGACCAAGCGGAGUUGUUCCUUGGAAGCAGCUGUUUCGCCCUCGCCGUCGUCCGAACGAUCGCCGCCAUUCUCGAAACUGUCCCUGAAGAGACGCGGUUGCGCGUCAGAGACUUCCUGCGCCUCGAGGCCCUCUCGGUGGCGACGACGAGGCAAAUCUGUUCUGUCUUGCCAGUCGAGCCCAAGUCCCGCGGGGUUUCAAAGGACGAAGCGGUGGCGGAAACGCCGCUCGACUUUCGCGCAGCGGCAGCGAUUUCGCUGGGUGCCCUCGCUCUUCUUCAGCCUUCCAUUCGUUCAGAUGUCGCUUGA